UAAUGCACUGUCUUCUCUCCUUCUUCCUCUGGUGUUCAGAUGUGGAAUACUCGGAUGACCACUGCCAUUUGAUUUUACCAGAUUCGGAAGCAUUCCAAGAUGUGCAAGGAAAGAGACAUCGAGGGAAACACAAGUUCAAAGUAAAAGAAAUGUAUCUGACAAAGCUGCUGUCGACCAAGGUGGCAAUUCACUCUGUGCUUGAAAAACUUUUCAGAAGUAUUUGGAGUUUACCCAACAGCAGAGCCCCAUUUGCUAUAAAAUACUUCUUUGAUUUCUUGGAUGCCCAGGCUGAAAACAAAAAAAUCACAGAUCCUGAUGUCGUACAUAUUUGGAAAACAAACAGCCUUCCUCUUCGCUUCUGGGUAAACAUCCUGAAGAACCCCCAGUUUGUCUUUGACAUUAAGAAGACUCCACACAUAGAUGGCUGUUUGUCAGUGAUUGCUCAGGCAUUCAUGGAUGCCUUUUCUCUCACAGAGCAGCAACUUGGGAAGGAAGCACCAACUAAUAAACUUCUCUAUGCCAAGGAUAUACCAACCUACAAAGAGGAAGUAAAAUCUUAUUACAAAGCAAUCAGGGAUUUGCCUCCAUUGUCAUCUUUAGAAAUGGAAGAAUUCUUAACUCAGGAAUCUAAGAAACACGAAAAUGAAUUUAAUGAAGAAGUGGCCUUGACAGAAAUCUACAAAUACAUCGUAAAAUAUUUCGAUGAGAUUCUAAAUAAACUAGAAAGAGAACGAGGGCUGGAAGAAGCUCAGAAACAACUCUUGCAUGUAAAAGUCUUAUUUGAUGAAAAGAAGAAAUGCAAGUGGAUGUAAGCACUCUGGGGCCUGGCUUAAUCUGGCAAAGUUCUUCAGACGACUUGGGAGCAAAAUGGCUGCUUGAGCUACUCUGUGUCGUUAAUUUUUAAGUUUGCACAUGGGUUUCACUUUGAGCACUGUCUUUUAAGAGACCAGGGCACAUGCACAGCUUUUUAAAAAGCGUAUCAACCACUGUGCCUGUGUGUAUACCAUGGGAACCCUUCUGUAAAUAGAGUUGAAGUGGUUGUUGCAAACAGCCUCCUUGUUUACAGAGAAUACAGGGCCAGUAAGCAAGUGUCAGUAUUGUUACUAGUCUCCACUUAAGCACAAUGAUAUCUAAGUGGUUUUGUUGGAAAACUACAGCAAAAGCACUUGUGACUACACUGCACCUCUGCAGAAAAGGAAUAUUGCCAAUGCUCAAAACAAAAUGUGAAAUGAGUCAUUCGGAAACAAGGUGGGGGCGUUAGGGCAACCUCGAGGAUCUGCAGCAAUGAAACUUUCCCCAGUAGUUCUUGGAAAAGCUGACCGCAGAAUUUGGUAGUGUGUACACUUAGCAUUUGUGAGUGUGUGUGUUUAAACCAAAAACUAACAGUGUUGCAACAUUGUUGAAAGGGCUCGUGUUUUUCAGUGGUCUCCAACUGCACUCAUCAAACUCACCUCCAUUUCAUCAAGGAGCUCUAAAGCAAGGAGAGUGAGUGAGCUUUACUGAAAUGCAACAGCGUUUUACCCACUUUGUCCUAAUGUGUGUUCCCUUUAUUUAUCUUUUCAUUCUAAAUGUAUUUGGUAGUGGACGCAUUGGGUAUUGUAAAAAGAAAAAAAAAAAAUCAUUGUUUUCUUUCUGUUUAAAAAUCCUUGAUCAGAACUAUCUGUGAAGUGUAAGUCACUCCUGUAAUUCUACAUUUCUAUACUAGUGUCUCCUUGCUUUAGAUUUCUGGUGAACCCUGUGGUUAUAAAUACUUGUGUGUGAUUUUAAAAAAAAGUACAUUUUACAUUUCAUCAAAUUGUUGUUCACACUGGAGUAUUAUAUAUAAAUAUAUAUAUUUGAGGCCCAAGGCCUAAAAAAUAUUAGUAUACAACUUGGUAUCUUAGUCUUAUUAUGUACUUUUUGAAAGUAUUCCUUACAGGAGAAUUUAAAAUACCCAUUUUAUUCAUACCUUUCUUUUUAAAGAAGACCCUAUCGUUAUACUGUAGUCUUUUUAUUGCUGAUUUUUUAUUCCUGAAUUUUUGCUGCUCAUGACCACUUUUAAUACCACUGUGUUUUCCUUCUAUUAAACCAGAAGUGAUUGGCGACUCUAAGCCUUCCUUUUGUGAGGCACCUUUUAUCCUUGGUGCUUCAAAUCCCCAAUCAAGGAAGGAAAUUUUUCAAAUAAAACACUGAUCACAGAUUCCUUAAAACCAUUUACCAUUUCCCAAAACUAUUAAAGAAUUAAAUGAUAAUGAAAAUAUAACAUUAAAAAAAACCCCAUUUACCAACACUGUAUGGAACAUCAGGAUUGAAAUGUGAAUUUGUCUUAGGAAAAUACAAUUCUUUUUUGCUCCUUAAUAUCUGGUAAAGUGUGAGAGAGGUGACAUCUUAACGGUUCAGAGUAAUAAACAGUUACUGCCCUGGUAGGCACCUUCCCAAUUCUGUUGCUUUUGACCAUUGUCUGUUCAAUGGACACAUCUCAAAAAUACUACCAAAUAGGUUACUUUUAAGUGUAGAGGUGAGAGAUCUGGUCCCCAUCUAAAGCUGCUACAGUCUUCAAAGAAGUGAAGGCAUUCAUUAAAGAAGAGUUGUAGGACAGUUGAGAGCCAAGGGUAGGAGAGUUGCCCAAAAGACUUCCCCUUCUUGUGGGGUACAUAAAACUCAAAGGAUCAGUUACAGCUUUAUCUAAGUAUUUACUCAAUGCUACAUGAGGGUGUCCCUGUCCAGCUCUCUGACACGAGUCCUGUGUGGAGAGUUACCUCCUCUUCCAGGGACUGUGCUGUUAGGAACUUUGGGCAAGUCACUUACCUCUUUGUGCCUCAAUUUCUGUAUAUUUCUAACCUACCUCACUGAGGUGGUAUGAAUAUUCACUAAUGUAUGUAGCGUGUUUGUCAAUCCUCCAGUGAGAAGCACUGUCUAGAUCACAUUUUGGAUCACAUUAGCCAAAAGCAGUAAAUGGCCAAAUUAGAUGUGUGCUGAAGACAAUCAGUCACUGGGUCUACAUUAAACAGCAACUAGAGAAACAAAUGGCAAACAGUAUCUAUUUUCAAGUUUCUUCGCAUAUUUUUUGGUGCAAACAAUUCAUUUAUAAACUUUUUUUCUAACACUAGUGUCUACAGCAGCAUUUAAAAACAUAGUUCUGUUACCUUUUCUGUAUUAGGAUUUGAAGUCUAUUUCUUAUUGUAUACCUGAUUGAAGCUGUUCUUGGAGAUGAAUGUUUUAAAUGUCUAUAUCCAAAAAUAAACAUUUUGAUGUACCUGUGGACUGUUUUUGUCUUUUCUUCCCCCCUCCUCCAUUAUGUAGUUAUAAUAGGCUUUUUAUUCUAAGUGGCUCUGGAAAUUAAUUUUCAGAAACAAGGUAUCACUGUACACUCUUUGAGACUAAGCAACUCCAUUAAGUAAACCCAGUUUCUUGCUGCUAAGGGCUGCUCAAUUAUAUUUUUGUUGUCAUUAUCAACUUGGGCUUUUGACUGUGAAGACUUCUGGAUAACGAACAAUCCACCUAGCUUCGUUUUGUUGACAUGAGGUUAUUCCAGCAGAAUUCCUCUAAAAGUUGCUACAUUAAGAAGCUUCCAAAGGGUGCACAGUGCAAAAGCAAACAAUGGCAUUCUUAGGGACACACAUAAAUGAAGCAAGUAUUUGGUUAGAUGCCAAUAGUGAGAAACAAGGUUAAAUAUCAACAAUACUUCUAGAGGGAACCCACUGGGUUCUUUUUAAAAAAAACAGCCACAGGAUUAAAUUUUUUACAAAUUCCAACUUAAAGCCAAAAUUAG